AUGAGCCUGACACAAAAACGCUUGACAAAUCAAGGCUGGAAUAGGUACAAUCAAUCUUCCUGCUCGCCGAAUGAAAACGGCAUCCAGAACGCCAUCAACGCGCUCAAAUCGAAUGGAUUCGUCGCAGCUGGAUACAAGUACUUUCAAAUCGACUGCGGGUGGCAAGGUACGAACAGGUCCGCUAACGGCCAACCUGCCGUCAAUCACAAGGCUUUUCCGAAUGGUCUGUCUGCUCUCGCCAACUCUGCACGCAGCAAUGGUCUGCUGUACACUGAUGCAGGCCUCAAAUCCUGCGACACUCGCAACCCUCCCCCAUUCGGCUCGCUCGGUUACGAAGAGAUAGAUGCAAAGUUAUUCGCUUUCGACAACUGUUACGUCGAUGGUGUCAACAACGCCCCCAAGGACCCUCGGACUGACUUCCCCUCUCGGUAUGGGAACAUGUCGACAGCCCUGCAAAACAAUGGUAUCAAUGGUAUGCUCGUGUGCGCAUGGGGCAUUCCGUAUGCAAGCCCGACGGGCCUACAGGGUCCCGCUCAAUGGACACCACCACUCGCCACUCGCUUCAGGCUCAGUGACGACAUUACUAAUGACUGGAUUUCUGUCGUCCGUAUCUCGAACCAAGCCAUGAACAUCAACCUGCGAGGCCUUCAUGAUCCAGGACACUUUGCUGACGGUGACCUGCUCGAAGUCGGUAACAAGGCCCUCACCUUUGACGAGCAGAAGACACACUUCGCCUUAUGGGCAGCCAUGAAACCGAGCAUUCUUCUCAACAAAGAUCUAAUCGCGAUCAACCAGGACAGCCUUGGCAGGCCGAUCACGCUCGUCCAACGCUGGAGCAAUGACUAUGAUCUGUACUCUGGACCUUUGGCGAACGGCGAUGUCGUUGUCUUGCUCGACAAGCAAGGAGGCAACACCGGCACCAAGUCCAUCAUUUUCCAGCAACUCAACAUCACUUCAGCCGAUGUCAAUGAUCUCUGGAGCGGUGCUACGCGCACCGGGGCUAGUUCCUGGUCGGCGAUCAUCAAUGCUCACGGAAAUAUUGCCCUUCGUAUCUCCAACAUCAAGGUUUCUACGCCGAGUAACCCUACGUACAACUACUACGAGGCUGAAAAUGCAGUUCUCAGUAACGGUGCGGCCGUCGCCAGCUGGUCUGGCUGCUCGGGAAGCAAGAAGGUUGGCAAUAUCGGCACGCUCACAUUCAAAAACAUCCAGACAUCGCAAAUGAAAUCCAACGUCAGGUUCGACUAUAUAAAUGCUGAUGUUCAAUACAGUUUCGUCAACGUCACCAAUGCUCGUGGCGCGAGCGUAAGUGUCAACAAUGGCCUGUCUCAGCAGGUCUACUUCCCGCUCAGCGGAUACAACUGGGACAAAGACGUGUGGAAGAGUUUCCUCGUUGAACUCAGCGGCUUCCAGCCCGGUAAGGAAAACACUAUCUCGAUCAGUGGCGGCACGUACCUUUCGCAAUACGCGCCCGACAUUGACCGGGUCGGUGUUGUUGGCUGA